AAGUUUCCAGAGAAAGAGGCACUUGGAUUGUCGUUUCUGUUCCCAUGAACCGCUAUGAGCAAUAGAAGCAAGUGACGGUGGUGACACAAGAAAACAACAGAGAAAGCAGAAAGAAUAUGGGUAGAUUCUUUGUGAUGGAGCUUGAGGGAAGGUCUUAUAGAUGCAAGUUUUGUAGUACUCACUUGGCCCUUGCAGAUGAUCUCAUUUCAAGGUCGUUUCAUUGCCGGAGGGGAAAAGCAUACCUAUUCAAUAACGUUGUCAACUUCACACUCGGAGCACCAGAAGAAAGGAUGAUGCUUUCAGGAUUGCAUACUGUGGCAGAUAUCUUUUGCUGUUGUUGUGGUCAAAUAAUUGGCUGGAAAUACGAAUCUGCACACGAGAAGAGUCAAAAGUAUAAAGAAGGGAAGUUUGUUCUUGAAAGAGGAAGGAUAGUUGAUGAAGUUGAGUUCUCUACUGAAUUCUAUAUCGAUAGUCGUGUCUGCGUGAGUGAUGGUGACGAGGCUUAAAAAGACAUGCUGCUGGACUUGUUCUGUAUAUGAUGAACAAUAAAGGUGACCCUUGGAAAAAUGUUCAAGAUCAGGGAAGUUUUUUUUGUUUUUUUUUUUAAUUUAUUUAUUUGCGUGUGGUAUAUGAAAUGAGAGUUGCCAAUGGUGUAUGAAUUGUGGAGAAAGAAAAAGAUGAAACAUUGAAAUGGUAGUUUUAGAUUUGCCGCAAAA